AUGGUCAGGAUUGCCAGGAGAUCUGCUGAGUCUCAUGAACACAAUGGGAGAUGCAGGCCAUAUGUGUCUAAGUUCCUUGCCAAAGAAUUUGAAAAAGCUUCCGAAUGCCAGAUAAGAAGGAGCACAAACGACAGUUACGAAGCUACACUUAGUGGAGUUUCUCAUCGGGUAAGCUUGACUGAGAGGACUUGCACUUGUCAAAAAUGGCAAAUCUGUGGCAUUCCUUGUGAGCAUGCUUAUGGAGUCAUGAUUGAUAGGAAGUUUGAGUUUGAAUACUAUGUGUGUUUCUGGUUUCGGACACCUAUGUGGAGGAGAAACUACACAGAAGGCCUUGUUCCACAAAGAGGACAUGCUUAUUGGCCAUCUACCAACCUCCCUAAUGUGCAUAGACCACCAUCACCACCGCAACCUGGGAGGAAGAAAGGAAAGGAGUGUAAGAAGGACAAAAAGAGGAAAAAAGGACCAAAUGAGUCUCCUUCGAAAAAAGCACCUAAAAAGUUGAAAAGAAUAAUGCAUUGUGGUAUGUGUGGUGAAGCUAGUCACAAUUCUAGGUUUCACUCGAAGAAGAAGUCUUCUAAACAGAUUAGUGAGUGA